AUGUCGCAGCCGAGAGGACGCGGUGGCCGGGGGGGAGCUGGUGUGGGCCGCAAAACACCAUCUUCGCUGACAGGCCCGCCCGACGAGUCGGCAACGCCAAGUGAACGUGCCACGCCGGCCAGCAAGGCCGAUUCAGAUCCCAAGGAUGACAGUUCAAGCAAUGGCGAUAAGAAGGAUGUGGAUCUCUUUUCGGCUCCCAAGCCCCCCAGUGCUGGUGCAUCCAUACGCGACACCGCGAACAAAAUUCUUGCACUGGCCAUGAAAAGCGAAUGGACGCCCAUUGAGGCUGAGCUGAAGAAACUGGAGAAAUAUGUGGCGAACGCGGGUGAAGAAGGAAAUCACAUACCGCUUGCGGGUGUACACGAUAUGAAUACCGGAAUGACGCCGCUGAUGUACGCAACUAAGGAAAAUAGGACUGCCAUCAUGGACCGUAUGAUUGAAUUGGGUGCCGAUGUGGGUGCGCGGAAUAAUGAUAAUUACAAUGUACUUCACAUUGCGGCGAUGUAUUCGCGUGAGGAUGUCGUGAAAUUGUUGCUAACAAAACGUGGCGUGGAUCCCUUCUCCACCGGUGGCUCGCGCUCCCAGACUGCUAUCCAUUUGGUGUCAAGUCGACAAACAGGAACUGCAACAAAUAUACUUCGCACUCUAUUGGCAGCUGCUGGCAAGGAUAUACGAAUAAAAGUAGACGGACGCGGCAAAAUCCCACUGCUUCUCGCCGUGGAGUCUGGCAAUCAGUCAAUGUGUAGGGAACUUCUAUCUGCACAAACGGCGGACCAACUGAAGGCAACGACGGCCAAUGGAGACACGGCCUUGCAUUUGGCCGCCAGACGGCGGGACGUAGAUAUGGUGCGAAUUCUAGUUGAUUACGGUACCAAUGUCGACACGCAGAACGGAGAGGGACAGACGCCGCUGCAUAUUGCCGCCGCGGAGGGCGAUGAGGCGCUGCUUAAGUUCUUCUAUGGCGUGCGAGCAUCGGCUUCCAUUGCGGACAAUCAAGAUCGCACACCCAUGCACUUGGCUGCCGAGAAUGGACACGCGCAUGUCAUCGAGAUCCUGGCGGACAAGUUCAAGGCGAGCAUCUUCGAGCGCACUAAGGAUGGCAGUACGCUGAUGCACAUUGCGUCGCUGAAUGGACAUGCUGAGUGCGCCACGAUGCUGUUCAAGAAGGGAGUCUACUUGCAUAUGCCCAACAAGGAUGGAGCUCGUAGCAUACACACAGCAGCCGCUUAUGGCCACACGGGCAUUAUAAACACGCUGCUGCAAAAGGGCGAAAAGGUGGAUGUGACGACAAACGAUAACUAUACGGCCCUGCAUAUCGCAGUGGAGUCAGCCAAGCCCGCCGUAGUGGAGACGUUGUUGGGCUUCGGUGCCGAUGUUCAUGUUCGAGGCGGAAAACUGCGCGAGACGCCCCUGCAUAUUGCCGCACGAGUUAAAGAUGGCGAUCGGUGCGCUUUAAUGCUCCUUAAGUCCGGCGCUAGUCCCAAUUUAACUACCGACGAUUGCCUAACGCCGGUCCAUGUGGCAGCGCGUCAUGGCAAUCUGGCAACGCUAAUGCAACUCCUCGAAGAUGGGGGCGAUCCGCUCUACAAGUCUAAUACCGGGGAAACGCCGCUUCAUAUGGCCUGCCGUUCGUGUCACCCAGAGAUUGUGCGGCAUCUUAUCGAGACGGUCAAGGAGAAGCAUGGACCGGACAAGGCCACUACAUACAUUAACUCGGUGAACGAUGACGGCGCCACAGCGCUGCACUACACAUGCCAAAUUACCAAAGAGGAGGUUAAAAUACCCGAGUCCGAUAAGCAAAUCGUGCGCAUGCUGCUGGAGAACGGGGCCGAUGUGACGCUUCAAACGAAAACAGCGCUGGAAACGGCAUUUCAUUAUUGUGCGGUGGCCGGCAACAAUGAUGUGCUAAUGGAGAUGAUAUCCCACAUGAAUCCCACGGACAUACAGAAGGCGAUGAAUCGUCAGUCAUCGGUGGGUUGGACGCCGCUGCUAAUUGCCUGCCAUCGUGGGCAUAUGGAACUGGUCAAUAACCUUUUAGCGAAUCAUGCCAGAGUCGAUGUAUUCGACACCGAGGGUCGCUCUGCUCUGCAUUUGGCUGCCGAACGAGGGUAUCUGCACGUCUGCGAUGCGCUACUGACCAACAAGGCGUUCAUAAACUCGAAGUCGCGCGUCGGUCGCACGGCACUACAUCUGGCCGCGAUGAACGGCUUCACGCAUUUAGUGAAGUUCCUCAUCAAGGAUCACAAUGCAGUCAUCGACAUUUUGACUUUGCGUAAGCAAACUCCACUCCAUUUGGCUGCUGCCAGCGGGCAGAUGGAGGUGUGUCAGCUGCUGCUUGAGCUGGGAGCUGACAUAGACGCGACCGACGAUCUGGGCCAGAAGCCCAUACAUGUCGCCGCGCAGAACAACUACUCUGAAGUGGCCAAACUGUUCCUGCAGCAGCACCCGUCGCUGGUAAAUGCAACCAGUAAGGAUGGAAAUACAUGCGCACACAUCGCCGCCAUGCAGGGCUCGGUGAAGGUGAUCGAGGAGCUGAUGAAGUUCGAUCGGUCUGGCGUGAUAUCGGCUAGAAACAAAUUGACCGACGCCACUCCCCUGCAAUUAGCCGCCGAGGGUGGACACGCCGAUGUGGUGAAGGCCUUGGUGCGUGCCGGCGCCUCCUGCACCGAGGAGAACAAGGCAGGCUUCACAGCCGUACAUUUGGCCGCGCAAAACGGGCACGGUGCGGUAUUGGAUGUUUUGAAGAGCACAAACUCCUUGAGGAUAAACAGCAAGAAGCUGGGAUUAACGCCGUUACAUGUCGCGGCCUAUUACGGUCAGGCGGACACAGUGCGCGAGCUGCUAACAAGCGUUCCGGCUACAGUGAAGUCGGAAACCCCAACCGGCCAGAGUCUGUUUGGUGAGUUGGGCACAGAGUCGGGAAUGACUCCGUUGCAUUUGGCGGCCUUCUCGGGUAAUGAAAACGUUGUGAGGCUGCUGUUGAAUUCGGCGGGCGUGCAGGUCGAUGCGGCAACCGUGGAGAACGGUUACAAUCCGCUCCAUUUGGCUUGCUUCGGUGGACACAUGUCAGUGGUUGGUUUGCUUUUGAGUCGCUCGGCGGAACUCCUCCAAUCGACAGAUCGGAAUGGUCGCACGGGUCUGCACAUAGCAGCCAUGCAUGGUCAUUUUCAGAUGGUUGAGAUUCUGCUGGGUCAGGGCGCGGAGAUAAAUGCAACCGAUCGCAACGGUUGGACGCCACUGCAUUGUGCUGCCAAAGCCGGCCACUUGGAUGUGGUGAAGCUGCUGUGCGAAGCGGGCGCCUCGCCAAAAUCGGAGACGAAUUAUGGUUGUGCAGCUAUAUGGUUUGCCGCCUCCGAGGGGCACAACGAGGUCUUGCGAUACCUGAUGAACAAGGAGCACGACACCUACGGUUUGAUGGAGGACAAGCGAUUUGUGUAUAAUCUUAUGGUAGUCUCUAAGAAUCACAACAACAAGCCCAUACAGGAGUUUGUACUGGUCUCUCCGGCUCCGGUGGAUACUGCGGCCAAGCUUUCCAAUAUCUAUAUAACGCUCUCCACCAAGGAGAAAGAGCGUGCCAAGGACUUGGUGGCCGCGGGGAAACAGUGCGAAGCCAUGGCCACCGAGUUGCUCGCUUUGGCAGCCGGCUCCGACUCGGCGGGUAAGAUUCUACAAGCCACCGAUAAGCGCAACGUGGAAUUCCUCGACGUUCUCAUUGAAAAUGAACAGAAGGAAGUGAUCGCGCACACCGUAGUACAAAGAUAUUUGCAAGAACUCUGGCAUGGAUCACUGACCUGGGCCUCUUGGAAGAUUAUGUUGCUGCUGGUGGCGUUCAUCGUUUGUCCGCCAGUGUGGAUUGGCUUCACAUUUCCAAUGGGGCACAAGUUUAACAAAGUUCCGAUAAUCAAGUUCAUGUCUUACCUCACAUCGCACAUUUACCUCAUGAUCCACCUGAGUAUUGUCGGUAUCACGCCAAUAUAUCCGGUGCUGCGUCUGAGUCUGGUCCCCUACUGGUACGAAAUAGGCCUGCUUAUUUGGUUGAGCGGUCUACUUUUGUUCGAGUUGACGAAUCCGUCCGACAAAUCUGGAUUGGGAUCGAUAAAGGUGCUGGUCCUGUUGCUUGGCAUGGCAGGCGUGGGAGUGCACGUCGCUGCCUUUGUCUUCGUCUCCAAGGAGUACUGGCCCACACUCGUCUACUGUCGAAACCAAUGCUUUGCCCUCGCAUUUUUGCUUGCCUGCGUGCAAAUACUCGACUUUCUGUCCUUCCAUCAUCUCUUCGGACCAUGGGCAAUCAUCAUCGGCGACUUGCUCAAGGAUCUGGCACGCUUUCUGGCUGUCUUGGCCAUCUUCGUAUUCGGCUUUUCAAUGCACAUAGUGGCACUCAAUCAGUCGUUUGCGAACUUUACGCCCGAGGAUCUGCGCAGCUUCGAGAAGAAGAAUCGCAAUCGUGGCUAUUUCAGCGACGACGAUAUGCCAACACCGCGUCCCCCGCCAGUCGAAAACUAUAUCGACAGUCGUUUCAGCGAGUUCCGACGCAAACAUAAAGAUGAUCUGCGCAUGCAUCCGAUAAACUCAUUCGAGUUGCUGUUCUUCGCCGUGUUCGGUCAGACGACGACCGAGCAAACGCAAGUUGACAAAAUCAAAAAUUUAGCCACGCCCACUCAACCGUAUUGGGUUGAGUAUCUGUUCAAAAUUGUCUUUGGCAUUUACAUGUUGGUGUCGGUGGUUGUACUCAUUAACCUGCUGAUUGCUAUGAUGUCAGACACCUAUCAGAGAAUACAGGCCCAAUCCGACAUCGAAUGGAAAUUUGGCUUGUCCAAGCUUAUACGCAACAUGCAUCGCACCACAACAGCGCCAUCGCCGCUUAAUUUAGUUACCACCUGGUUUAUGUGGAUCGUCGAGAAGGUCAAGGCACGCAUGAAGAAAAAGAAGCGUCCAAGUCUGGUUCAGAUGAUGGGAAUACGGCAAGCCAGUCCGCGAACGAAAGCCGGCGCCAAAUGGCUAUCGAAGAUCAAGAAAGACUCGGUGGCACUCUCCCAGGUGCAUCUCUCGCCGCUUGGCUCGCAGGCCAGUUUCUCUGCGGCCAACCAGAAUCGGAUUGAGAAUGUGGCCGAUUGGGAAGCCAUUGCGAAGAAGUAUCGUGCGCUUGUGGGCGAUGAGGAGGGCGGAUCUAUGAAGGACUCGGACGCGGAGAGUGGUUCAAUGGAGGGCAGCGGUGCCCCACAGCCGCCUGCACAGGUGGGCAGAAACAAGAAAGCUGCUAUUGCAGCGGCGCCGAAGCCAGCUUAGGAUUUUGAACUCGCACUUUUUGAAUACACUUUUUGGAUGAAAUAUUUGCAGCAGAAGCUUUUGUGUGUAAUUUACUAAAUAAGUUUCGAUUGCAGGUCUAAGAUACUCCAUCUCCACCAUCUUCACUUCACUCCACUGUUCUCUACUGUAAUCUACUCCUCCUUCUUUCCAAACUAUCUCUCUGCUCUACUGUACAAGUAUUGCCUAUCCAACCGUCCUGUACUGUAACUGUAUUUCUAAGCGACUCCUAAGCUAAGCCGCACCCAUUUGCCUAAGCCCUAAUGUAAGCGUCACCUUUCUGAGACCCUAAGAUAAUUCCUUAGCUAGAAUAUUGAAAUUGUUUUGUGUAAUUUUUAAAGCGUGUAUUAGCUAAGUCCAAUGAUUUGUCUUCUAAAUAAUUUAGUUAAUGAACAAACGAUUUUUACAAGGAACAACCUAGAUAACAACAAAACAAGUUUUCCAUAUUAGUAGACUUUACGAGUCCUUUUUGGACUCUGUGCAAGUCGAAGCAGUGUCCAGAUAUAACCCAAUACUGUGCUGGCUGCGUCCAUUUUUUAAAAAAGAACUACUAGAAUUUUGAAUGUAAGCGUAUUUUACGAAUGUAUCCUGAAAUUAUUUAAUUAUACUAGUAUAUAGGAUUCAAUUUGGAAAAUUUGGGUUUCACCAAUGCUUAAUGCAUUGCUGCCUCCCCUCUUUUCUUAUUCAUUAUAUU